UAGCAUUGCAGGUGUUUCUUGAUUUUCUUGUAUAACUAAUGAUUUAUUUAAAAGUGUCUUUAAUUAAUUUAAUAACUGAGGAAAAGGGAAGUUGGCGGAGUGAUAUUGAAAAGAGGAGGAGUUUAGGAUAGCCGUUAAAGGCGAGUCCAGUUGCUUCUUCCUCAGUGUGUUCACAGAGAUUGUCAGUUCAUUUAGGCUUUGGUCUGUUACGGAUUUUGUCGUGAACCAGCCGCUACAUCUACAUCGAAAUGGCUGAUCAGCUUACAGAAGAGCAGAUUGCUGAGUUCAAGGAGGCAUUUUCGCUCUUUGACAAGGAUGGCGAUGGCACCAUCACCACCAAAGAGCUGGGAACUGUCAUGCGCUCUCUGGGCCAGAACCCCACAGAGGCAGAGCUGCAGGACAUGAUCAAUGAAGUGGAUGCUGAUGGAAAUGGAACGAUAGACUUCCCAGAGUUUCUGACCAUGAUGGCCAGGAAGAUGAAGGACACAGACAGUGAGGAGGAGAUCAGAGAAGCAUUCCGUGUCUUUGACAAGGAUGGCAAUGGAUACAUCAGUGCUGCUGAGCUGCGCCAUGUGAUGACAAACCUUGGGGAGAAGCUGACUGAUGAAGAAGUGGACGAGAUGAUCAGAGAAGCAGACAUUGAUGGAGAUGGACAGGUCAACUAUGAAGAGUUCGUACAAAUGAUGACGGCGAAGUGAAGGGCUUGUACAGAUUUCGUAUAUAAAUAAUUUGCCUUUUUUUUCUUUGUGUAAUUUAUCUGUAAAAUCUUAAUAGCCCCCUUCGUCCCUGCCCCUUCUGCUGUCCAAAGGAACUGCAUGUAAACUGCAUAGGCUCUUGUCCCCAUGUCCCUUUCUUUUGCUGUCAUGGUGUUUUGGAGUGACGGAAUGGUCAUACAACCAGAUGCCUGUGGAGGCCCCUGGGAGCCGGAGAACUUCGAAUCUUCCCGUCUUAUGUGCUCGGGGCCACUCCACGCAUGGCGACAUUGGAAACCUGUCAGCUGGUUGUCACUUGGCAACACUGUUGUCAUGGAAACAAUGUAGAGGCGUUUAAACUCUGCAUGGACUACGGACAAAGUAUAUAUUGUAAUCUCUCAGCAUUGCACUACUGCAAAAAAAUGACACGGGUGUAUCUCCUAGGUACUCGUACAAACUUUUUUUGUAUCUGCUGUUCUAUAUACCAGAAAACGACUAAUCUUACCAUGCUUUUUAAUGUUUUACUCACUACUUUUACUUAUUUUAUUUUUUAAUGACUUCUGGUCAUGCCUCAAAUAAUCCAUUCCAAGUUGUAUAUUUUUGUUUUCCAAUAAAAAUUACAAUCUACCCGGUUUUGAAAAUUGUCUUGUUUUCUCAGUUAAAAUGGAUCCUUGAGUUUGUAUACCCUGUAAUAAUUCCCAUUUUUGUAUUGAGGACAGGAUGCUCCGUUUUUGAUAGGCUUUUUUUUUUUUUUUUUUUCUCGUUGCUUAGAAUACAUAUGAAAUGUUUACCAUUUUUAAAUUUACGUGUCCCCUGUUAAUUU